AUGUCAAUUACUUCAGGUAUAGCUCCUCGUUCACGACAGGCACCAUUCCGCCAGCUAAUGCCUUUUGCACAGAGACCAUCUGGGCCGCCUCUCCCACCACCACCCGCGGUUCCCCCACUCCCCUCGCCUCGGACUCCAAAGGCGAACGCAUCACCUACGCCAGCAACAAAUCCAUCUUCAUCCGCUCCAUCGACCAGCCCUCGGUGGCCAAGCAGUACACCCAACACACCGCUCCCACGACCGUCGCCCGCUUCUCCCCCUCGGGCUUCUACGUCGCUUCGGGCGACGUUUCCGGCAGCGUACGCGUCUGGGACGCCCCGGGCGCGGAGACCACCAAAGGCGAAUAUCACAUCAUCGGAGGCCGGAUCAACGACAUCGCCUGGGAUGGAGACUCGCAACGCAUCAUCGCCGUGGGCGACGGCAAGGAGCGGUUCGGACACUGCAUCACGGCGGAUUCCGGCAAUUCGGUGGGCGAGAUUUCGGGCCAUUCGCAGCAGAUCAACUGCGUGAGUAUCCGGCAGCAGAGACCUCUGCGGGCUGCGACGGGGAGCGAUGAUAUGUCCAUGGUGUUUUAUCAUGGUGCGCCGUUCACGUUCAACACGAGCGUGAGGGGCAAGCAUGACAAGUAUAUCUACGGAACGCAGUUUUCGCCGAAUGGGGAGGUGUUGGUGACUGUGGGCAGUGAUCGGAAGAUUUGGAUAUAUGAUGGCAAGACGGGAGAGGCGAUCAGGGAGAUGGGAGGAGCGGGGGAGCACAAGGGCAGUAUUUUUGGGGUUGGAUGGGAUAGGGACAGUAAGAAGGUGGUCACUUGUAGUGGGGAUCAGACGGUGAAGAUCUGGGAUGUGGAGGCUGGGAAGUGUACGAAGAGUUGGAGGAUGGGUGGGGAUGAAGGGGUGAGUGUGCCGGAUCAGCAGGUCGGUGUUACGUGGCCCGGAGGACGGAGUGACGGUUUGAUCAUCUCGGUGGACUUGGAAGGGAACUUGAAUUACUUCCAGGAAAGCAGCGAGAAGCCCGUCAAGAUUGUUCGAGGACAUCAGAAAGCCAUCACGGCUGCGGCUUCGGCACCGGACAGCAAGACUCUCUGGACGGGUAGUUACGAAGGCCGCUCGCGAUCGUGGGACUUGACGACGGGCGCAGCAGACCUCAUCGAUGGCGAGACGCAUUCCAACUACAUCUCCGGCAUCGCCACCUCCUCUUCCGAUGGAAGAAUCUACAGCGUCGGCUGGGACGACACUCUCCGCACCAUCGAUUCCUCACAAUCCUCGUACCUGGGCAGCGCUCUCAAAACCGAAGGCCAACCAAAAGGCGUCGCAGUCGCUACGGUGGGAGGCAAACCUCACACCCUCGUAGCGACGGCUUCCGGAAUCACGGCCUACUCGGAAGGCUCCAAAGUCUCCGAGCAGAAACUCCCCGCUCCACCGACCUGCAUCACCGCGCACGGCGAGAUCGUAGCCGCAGGCUCCGACGACAAGACCGUACGGAUCUUCCAAGCAGGCUCCCCAACUUCCUUCGACUCCCUCACGACCCUCACCGACGCCACCUCCCCCAUCUCAACCCUCGCCUUCUCCCCUUCCGGCUCUCACCUCGCCGUGGGCCUCAGCAACGGCAAAAUCUUCGUCUACUCUUCUGCUUCCUCCUCCUCGGGCGGCGCCUGGACUCUCGAGACCAACCGUUGGUCCGCGCAUACCGCCCGCGUCACCUGUAUCGCCUGGUCGCCCGACGGCAAGAAAGCCGUCUCCGGCGCUCUGGAUACGAACGUCAUGGUCUGGAGCCUGUCCGACCCGGGCAAGAGGGUAAAAGCCUUGAAUGCGCAUAAGGAAGGCGUGGGCGGUGUGGUCUGGCAUGAAGAGGGCAAGGUCGUGAGUGUGGGCGCCGAUGCUGCCGUGAAGGUCUGGAAGGUGGAGGGGGUCUCGUGA